AUGGCCACACCACAGUCUGUAUUAGAUGACAUUGCUGAGUUCAAGAGGUGGAAGACUGUGCAUACCAGAAAAGUAACUAUGCUGGAAAACAAUGAAAAGGCAAUGAAAGAGAGAAUAAAAACUCUGGAAUACAAAGUGCUCUGCCUCGAGCAUAAAUCCGACUAUGUGACUGAGGUAUCAACUACGACUUAUCGAGAGGUCUUUGAUAAUGAUCCCGAAGCCUACGAGGCACCUGCAGCUCCCUCUGCCGUUGACCCUGAAGUGGUUAAUCUUAGGAACAGGAGGCGAAAGGCCAGGGACGCCGCUCGUCGAAAAAGCGACGAGCGGUUGGAGCAGUUAAAGGCUGCCACGGAUGAUGCCCAGGUGGUGACAUCAGAAAUCAGGGCCGCAACCAGUGAAGCAAGGGAGGCAAAAGAGGAGCUGGUCCAGGCUACCACAGAAGGGGUGACGACGAAGUCUCAGAUAGAAUCAGCAUCGUCUGAUCUGAGAAUUUUGCUGGAACGCAUUCCAGUUUCGACGGAGGGGGUCACGGAGUCGGCCCCAUAUGUAGACCCAACGCCUCCAGGAGCGGGAAACAUCGAUAGCACAAGGAGGCGCUUGAUAUUUGGAGACUCAUCGGGGGAGUCCGUGGCGCCAGCGGAAAGCGACUCGACUCCAAAAGAUAAGACCCCCACCACCACAGCUGCUCCUGCUUCAGAAGUCCCUUCGAGUGGGUCCAUCGAUCCUUCUGAUACAGAUUCAACGCCUCGCGCCUGCUUGUUUCUUGCACCUGCCUUGCCCACAUACGCCACAACCGCCCCUCUUUUGUCAUCCAGUGGUUCAAUAGACCCUUCUGACACGGACUCGACUCCUCCAGCCACUAGUUCUUUUCUUGUACCUGUCUCCACAAUUCCAGCCCCUACCACUGCAGCUCCUCUGAUGUCCACCACCAGCUCUGUCGUGUUUUCGAAAAGAGAUUCCACUCAACCAGGCAGCAGCUCAUCGGUUGCACCGGCUUCGCAUCUUCGGGUCGUAUCGUCUCCAAAAAAAGUCGGCUCUAGCUCCCAAGGUGAUCCUGCUACUCCACGCAGAUCACCAAGACUCAAAGAAAAAGCUGCUAAGUCACCUCCCGUGACUCCUAUAAAAUCUCCAGGAAUGAGGAGGAAAAGCCUAGAC